AUGCGGUUUCUACACCCACCUGUCAUUCUUUUAUUACUGGUGCCCGUUUCUAUGGCUAUCAUUCAGUGUACUCACUACAGAGUCCCACAAGGACAACCGAUUCCGAAGGCUGAGCGAAACCCAAGAUGCCAUUCGAAAGCAGAAUAUUGUGUGAAGGUCACCGGAAGCAGCGUAGGAACUAAUCUUCCGUUCAUUUCGGGCCGAUGCGAGCAUGCUGGUGAAUGCAAGGACCACGGAAAUGACUGCUUCACCAGAACCGACACUCAAGGAAAAGAGGAAGAAAUCUGUUGCAGCUCUGGAAACUUCUCAAACCACGGAUCAACCACUCCGCUUUUCACUUCUAUCGCACUUUUCAUCACAUUGCUUAUUAUGUUUUGUUGAAGUCAAUUUUAGUAAUAAACUCGCCAAGCUAUAAAUUUCGAACAAUUUUUU